ACAACGGAUUAAUGUUGUACGAGACUGAGGAAGCUCCCAUCUCUCCACCCGCUCGACCUCCGCCCCCAAGACCCCCUAGCCUGUCUGCGGACAUGCCUGUCGUAGUGAAGGUUCACCACACGGACAGCUACACCGUCGCCAUCAGGUCCAAGACAGGCGCGUCCUUACGCGACCUCACCGUCAUGGUCGCCAACAAGUUUGAGAUGUCUGAGGAUGUUGUCACGCUAUGGUACAAGAAGGAAGGAGAUGAGGACAUGACAGAGAUAACAAAAGAUGAUGACAUGAGAGAGGCAUGGUCCACGGUGAGGGAGGGGCAGCUGACUCUGUGGCUCAAGGACAGAAAGGAUGAUAAGGAAGGUGUGAGCCCGAUGCAGUUCAGUAAGGUGGUGGCCCUGCAUGACUACGAGGCCAGCGAGCCGGGCGAUCUGGGCUUCAUGGAGGGGGACGUCAUCACCAUCAUGUCACAAGUAAAUGAGGACUGGUUGGAAGGCCGCUCCAGGGGCAACGUGGGUAUUUUCCCAGCAAGCUAUGUGAAGCCUUGGGACAAGCCGCUACCAAAGGAAGGAAUUUCCUGUGCCUGAUGUUCGUUUGCAACUGGCCCUUUCCUUCAAAUGCUAACCCAAAUCUUGAGUUUUGGAAUGAUGUGAACGCUUUUUCGCCUUUAUCCAUGGG